CUUUCUGGGAGGUGUAGUCCAGUGACGGUGUCCUCCCUUCCCCGGCCCUGGUGACUGGGAGCGGCAGGAAAGCAGUGAAGAGAGCGCGGUGGACGCUGGUGCUCUCCGGGUGUGACGUAGAUGUGAAUUCCACUCCAGGAAGAUGACCGCCAUAAAGCACGCCCUGCAGAGGGACAUAUUUACUCCCAAUGAUGAGCGUCUUCUGAGUAUUGUUAAUGUCUGCAAGGCUGGGAAGAAGAAGAAAAACUGCUUCCUCUGUGCCACUGUGACGACAGAAAGGCCUGCCCACGUCAGAGUGGUGAAGGUGAAGAAAUCUGAUAAGGGGGACUUCUACAAAACACAGACCUCAUGGUUACUCAAGGACCUGUCUACAGUGGACGCCAAAGAUGCCCUUAAAGAAAGUCCAGAUUUUGAUCUCCAUUUUGACAAAAUCUACAAGUGGGUUGCCAGCAGCCCUGCUGAAAAGAACGCCUUUAUUUCCUGCCUCUGGAAGCUGAACCAGCGAUAUUUGAGGAAAAAAAUCGACUUUGCAAAUGUCAGCUCCCAGCUUUUGGAAGAACUGCCUAAAGUUGCUGAAGAAUCUGUUCCCAGUGGAGAGAAUCAGAGCGUGGCUGGGGGAGAAGAGGAGGCAGCCGAGUACCAGGAGCUGAAUACACGCGAGAAGCAGGACAUUGAAUUCAUGAUGGAGGGCUGUGAAUAUGCCAUUUCCAAUGCAGAAGCCUUUGCAGAAAAGUUAUCCAGGGAGCUUCAGGUUCUGGAUGGGGCAAAUAUCCAGUCAAUUAUGGCCUCGGAGAAACAAGUGAACAUCCUGAUGAAGCUGCUGGAUGAGGCUCUGAAGGAGGUGGACCAGAUUGAAGGGAAGUUGAGCAGCUAUGAGGAGAUGCUUCAGAGUGUGAAGGAGCAGAUGGAUCAUAUUUCUGAAAGCAACCACCUCAUUGAACUCAGCAAAGCCAAUAGUGAGACCCUGCUGGGGGAAAUUGAGUUUCUUGUUAACCAUAUGGACUUAUCUAAGGGUCACAUCAAAGCACUUCAGGAGGCCGAUCUUUCUUCAUCUCGUGGGAUUGAGGCCUGCACAAAUGCAGCAGAGGCCCUCCUACAGUGUAUGAACGUCACUCUCCAACCAGGACACUCCAUGCUCCAGGCUGUGAAGCAACAGCAGCAGAUGUUCAGAGACCUCCGGGAGCAGUUCGCUCGUAGACUAGCCAGUCACUUGAACAAUGUGUUCGUCCAGCAGUUCACUCAGAUGUUUCCUCACUUGUAUAGCAGGUCCUACUAUCUCUCUAUGGCAGGCCACGAUCAGACCUCCACAUUAUCCGUAGAGCUGACACUACCCAACCACCAUCCUUUUCACCGUGACCUUCUGCGAUAUGCCAAGUUAAUGGAGUGGCUGAAGACCACUGAGUAUACCAGAUACGAGGGACUUACUAAGAACUACAUUGAUUAUAUUGUCCGCUUAUAUGACCGGGAGAUCAGAGACUUUUUUGAGGUGGCUAAAAACAAGAUGACCAGUAUUACUAAGGAAGGAAAGAAGUUCGAUAAUGUUGGUUCCACAAGAAUAAUCAAUAAGCACGCUACGCUCCCUCGAAAAGAGAGUGCCGUGAAACAGGAGACAGAAAGUCUUCAUGGCAGCUCGGGGAAGCUGACAGGAUCCACAUCCAGUCUGAAUAAACUGUCGGUGCAGAGUUCAGGAAGCCGCAGGUCUCAGUCUUCUUCAUUGUUAGAUAUGGGCAACAUGUCUGCCUCUGACUUGGAUGUAGCUGACCGCACCAAAUUUGACAAGAUCUUUGAACAGGUCUUAAGUGAACUGGAGCCGCUGUGUCUCGCAGAACAAGACUUCAUCAGUAAAUUCUUUAAUCUAUCCCAACAUCAGAGCAUGCCUCGGACACCCAUGGUUGAAGGAGAUGAUGCAGAUGGUGGAGGAUUUUCUCGGUCACAGAACACAGUGAUAACAACAUCCUCAGAGAAGGAAAUGAUCCGACAGAUGAUGACUCACAUCUUUCGCUGCAUAGAACCAGAACUCAACAACCUUAUUGCCUUGGGAGACAAGAUUGACAGCUUUAACUCUCUGUAUAUGCUGGUGAAGAUGAGCCACCAUGUGUGGACUGCAGAGAACGUGGACUCUGCUUCCUUCCUCAGUACUACUCUUGGCAAUGUCCUGGUUACAGUGAAGAGGAAUUUUGAUAAGUGCAUAACUAACCAGAUCAAGCAGAUGGAGGAUGUCAAAAUCUCAAAGAAGAGCAAAGUCGGCAUUCUUCCCUUUGUAUCAGGGUUUGAAGAGUUUGCUGAGCUGGCAGAGUCCAUCUUUCGAUCGGCUGAAAGACGUGGAGACUUGGAUAAAGCUUAUACCAAACUGAUCAGAGCGGUUUUCCUAAAUGUUGAAAAAGUUGCAAAUGAAAGCCAGAAGACUCCUCGAGAUGUCGUCAUGAUGGAAAACUUCCACCACAUUUUUGCUACUCUUUCUCGAUUAAAGAUCUCCUGUCUGGAAGCAGAAAAGAGAGAGGCCAAGCAGAAGUACAACGACCAUCUGCAGUCAUACGUCAUCUACUCACUGGGACAUCCUCUGGAGAAACUAAAUAUUUUCUUUGAAGGUGUCAAAGCACGUGUCGCCCAAGGAAUUGGCUACGAUGAAGUAAGCUACCAAUUGGCAUUCAGCAAGCAAGAGCUGCGAAAAGUCAUAAAGGACUAUCCUGGUAAAGAAGUGAAGAAGGGACUAGACAACCUCUACAAAAAGGUGGACAAACAUCUGUGUGAGGAGGAGAACCUACUGCAGGUGGUAUGGCACACCAUGCAAGAUGAAUUUAUCCGCCAGUACAAGCACUUUGAAGGAUUGAUUGAGAAAUGUUACACCGGAGCUGGUAUCACCAUGGAAUUCACCAUUCAAGACAUCCUGGAGUAUUUCUCUAGCAUUGCACAAUCUCACUAGUAAAGCUAAAUGAAAUCCAAGUAAAAACAAAUUCACUGUGUUGUGCCUAGUGUAGGGGUAGAACAUGUACCAUGCACUCCGGCCCUGCACUAGGCGUAACACAGUGGAUCAGGUUUUUUUCUGGAGCAUUCCUUUAAAGGGGCUUUCUGGGAUGUAGAUAUUGAUGAUCUAUACUCAGGAUAGGUCAUCAGUAUACAACCGGUGGGGAUCCGACACCCAGUACCCCAGUUAAUCAGCUGGAAACUAUACAGUGGAUGGAGCUGUAAGCAGAGGUGAGCUGUAGUACCCGGCACAGCCACUACACUGUGGACAGAGCCUUCUACUUCUCUCGUCCACUGAGUAGUCUCCGGUAUUGGCGGGUGCCACUGACAGCUGAUUGGUAGGGAUGUGUUGGGUGUCAGAUCCCCACCAAUGCGAUAUUAAUGACCUAUCAGUAUAUAAGUUCUGGAAAAACCCUUUAAGGAAUAAAAAGCACUUUAAGUGUCAUAUACAUGAAAGGGAAGAGGAUGAAUGAACUUAGCUGGAAACGUCUACUCUUAGCCCAAACACUGCACGUCCAGAAACAGGACUCUGUAUCUAACUUUAUGGUAAUGUGUGACCGUGUCAACAAAGAACAUUCAGAGCACGUCUCCGAUAUGAUCUUACAGUAAAUAUUAACUCAUGGUGUCAUCUUCUGUCACCUUACCGUGCUGUCCUAUGAAGGGCAGCAUAUUACAUCUAUAGGUCAGUAGUACUAAUAGCCAAAAUGGCAGAAAAAAAUGUUGCCCACUAGGACUUGUGGACACAUCGGGGGGGGGACACUUACUAAGCUAAAUGUGGCAGAAUUCUUAGAAAAACUGGAGUACAUGUUUUUACCAUAUCUAUUAUCUGUUUCAGACACUUUCUGCGGCUUUUCCAUUUAGGGGAUAUGGCCUAUCUGGAAAGGGAAGGGGGUUCAUUUGAAAGGGGCAAAAUGGUACAAAAUGUUGAUGCAGAUUUUUGGGGUAAAGUAAGCCAAUAAGUGGUGUGAAGUUAGACAAAAAUCUAUCAUCAAAUUUAUCAUCUAGCAUUAGCCACUGUGAUAAACUUGACACAUCUUUAGGAUAAGUUCUCACGGCUGAUUAAUGUGUUGUGAAUGGGGACCUACGUAUGGUGCCGUCAGUGCUCCCACGUGGAUUUCCAGACCGCACCAAGAAUGGAUAUGUCCAUUCUUGGCAUGGUGUCCGCCUGCAUAUUUGCCUCAUCGAAUGGGUCUAAAGCCACAAGUGCAUCUACUGCAUUCAGAUUGCAAAACUGCCAUUGAUUCUUCCAUUGGUAAAAAUCCCCCAUGUGAACUUACCUAUGGCCUCUAGUCCCAUGGCCAAUGAGGCAAGUGAGUGGCUGUAACAGUCCCAGGUGAACAUUAUGUGUAACACCUUGACCGUAUAUAUGAUGACUCCGCUUAGGCUGGGUUCACAUCACAUUUCUGUCAUAUGUUUAACUUAUACAAAAAAAGGAUACGUUUAUGGCAUCUGUCUGAGGCAUCUAUUGAGUGGCAUCCGUCACCAUUGAGAUCCACUGUAAAGUCCAUUGCUGAUCCAUCAGAAGAAAGGAAAAAAAAAAAAAAAAAAAAGGAUCCGUUAUUUUGAGCAUCCGUUAUGCUCAUUUUGCAUCAGUUUUAGCCAUUUCUGUGUGAAGAUCCGUUAUAUUUGACAGAAGGAAAAGUCCUCCACAAGGGACUCUUUUUCCUGUCUAAAAUACCAGAUCUCGGACGGAAUUGGCUAAAAUGGAUGCAAAAUGAACAUGACGUAUGCUCAGAUCCGUAUUUUUAUUUUUUUCUCUUCUGACAACUCAUAAGAAUGAAGACGAAACGGUGAUGGGAAACUACAUAGAGUCCAGAAAAAAAAAAUACGUAUAUGGUGAUGGAUCCCACUGUAUGGCAUCUGUCUGAGGCAUCCGACAGACACGUGAUAUGAACCCAGCCUCGUUCACACCUCAGUGAUUGCCAUCAGCGAUUGUGAGCCCAAACCAGGAUUGGAGCCUCCACAGACACAUGGUAUAAGGGAAAGAUCUGCUCCUGUUCUGUGAUUAGAGCCGCACCUGGUUUUGGCUCCCAAUCACUGAUGGAAAUCACUGACCAAACACUGAUGUGUGACUGAGGCAUAACUUUUACUGGUUUUCAGCAAUACACUCCUGAUUUACAUCUGUAGAUCUUUCUGAAACAGAAUUUAAAGUUUCCUCUUGUAAAUUGAACUACACUGCCAAGGACCUUUCACUGAGUGUAUAAGGAAGGAGCUUUGGAUAUUAUUCUUUUUAUUGAUGUAAAUGUUCUCAAACACUGGUUAAUGUCGUCGCUGUUUUCUUUAUUUUCUUUUGGCCAAAAUUAAAUUAUUUGGUUUAAGUGUC